AUGGUUUGCAUUAGAUAGGCUACUGUCCAAGAUUUGUUUGCUAUGCAGCAAUGCAACUUGCAUAAUCUUCCUGAGAACUAUCAAAUGAAAUAUUACCUUUACCAUGCCCUCUCAUGGCCUUCAUUGCUUUAUGUCGCUGAAGCUGAUGAUGGAAAGAUUGUAGGUUAUGUGAUGGCAAAGAUGGAGGACGAUGAAGAGAAAGAGAAGGAUGGCGGUAUCCAUGGACACAUCACAUCUAUCUCUGUUUUGAGAUCUCACAGAAAACUUGGAAUUGCAACAAAGCUCAUGAAGGCAAGUGAAUACGCAAUGAUGACCAUCUAUAAUGCUGAGUAUUGUUCAUUGCAUGUGAGAAUCACCAACAGAGCAGCUAUUGGUUUGUAUAAGGAUGUCCUAGGUUUCCAGGUGAAAUCAGUUGAUGAGAAGUACUAUGCUGAUGGAGAAGAUGCACUAGAUAUGAGAGUAUACUUUAAAGACGUCAAUAUUAAUAAAAAAGGAGGUGAUGCUUAAACCCAGCAAUUAGAAGAAGAGAAGGCUAUUGAGGCAGAAGCAGAUGCUUUAAAGGCUGGAGAUGAAGGAACCAAAGGAGCUCAAACCUUAGCUGAGGCAAACCCUGAUGCAGACAAGAAGAAAAAGAAGAAGAACAAGAAGAAGAAGAAUAAGGGAAAAGGAGAUGCUGCAGCAGUUGAGAAUAAAUAAUGA